AAAUAUCCGAGGACAUGGCACUCCGAUGAUGGAAUUUGUUAUCUGCUUUUGUAUGGUUAGAAAGAAGUCUAGAAGAAAACGGCUACAUCUGUUCGAUCCACGAUGCUGGCUGAUGAUACUCUUCGUGCUUUUACUGUGCGCAUGGCAGCUUUCCGACGCCCAAAGGACGUUAUGCGGUGAUACUGAGUGCUGGCACGGGAACUGCACGGGGGACGGACGUUGUUUAUGUUACCCUGGCUGGCAGGGUCCUGGGUGUCAACGGUGUGGUGGUCGAGUGAGAUUGACAGAGCCAAAUGGUGUAAUUACCAAUGGGAUAGGAAACUACAGCAAGGAUAUGAAGUGUACAUGGCUCAUUGAAAGCGGCAUCCAUAAUGCCACUAUUAGGUUUGAGUUUACACAUUUUGAGACUGAGUGUGGCUGGGACCAUCUGUAUGUGUAUGACGGCGACUCCAUGUUUGCUCCCAUGGUGGCAGCAUACAGUGGCCUCCUCUUGUCAAAAGGAAGCUCUACAAAGCUUCCAGAAAUCGUCACUCAUUCUGGGAGUGCCUUUGUUCAUUUUUACAGUGACGCUGUAUAUAAUAUGAGCGGAUUUAACUUAACCUACAGCGUCAAUGGGUGCUCACACAACUGUUCCUCCCAUGGUGAUUGUGUGGAUGGUGUGUGCCAGUGCUCGCAAGGCUGGACAGGAAGUGACUGUGGCACCCAAGUGUGUCCCCAAGAUUGUAACAAUGGUUCCUGUGACAAGGAGGAGGGGCGUUGUAUCUGUGACCCAUUUUUUAAAGGUGAAGACUGCAGCAUUGCUGAGGGUGCUCCAGUGUAUGAAGCUCAGCCUGCUACUGGUUGGGUGCGUGGCCGGGCUAUGCACCAGGCGCUUGUCUUAGGCGAUGCCAUGUGGGUCCUUGGUGGUGAAAGCCUCACGGAACUGGACCAGCAGAUUGCCAAGUACGACUUCCUCACGCGAAAGUGGCACACAGUGAAGCCAACCACCACCAGCGCACCAGCCAAUCGCUAUGGCCAUUCAGUAGUAACAUACAGGGGUAAAUUAUAUCUGUUUGGUGGCACAUUGCGUGAUGGCCGCACAUCUAAUGACCUAUGGCGCUGGGAUCCUGAGGAACUGCGAUGGGCACAGCUUUCACCACACCAGCCUGAGUGCCAGAAUGAACUCUGCCCACCGUUGACAGCAUCAGGCCACACCGCUGCCAUUGUGGACAACACCAUGGUGGUCAUCUUUGGACAUAACCCCGACUAUGGAUACCUCAAUGUUGUGCAGGAGUAUACCUUUGGUACCAACAAAUGGGAGAUUGUGCAAGUGAAGGGAGCCAUUGUAAAAGGUGGCUAUGGUCACUCAAGUGUUUAUGAUCCUGGCAGACGCCAGAUCUUGGUGUUUGGGGGUUACCACUCACAGACAACCACAGGUGUUGUUGUGGAUUACCUCUACUCCUACCAGCCCCAUGACCGUACCUGGACACUCUUGGCACCCAGUGCCUCUCAUCGCUACCUGCACAGUGCAGUACUACUGCAUCGAAUGAUGCUCGUAUUUGGUGGCAACACCCACAAUGACACAGCCUUUAGCACGGGUGACAAGUGCUUCUCCGCCGACCUUCUUGCCUAUGACAUAGAGUGUGACUCAUGGCAUACACUGUCUGUGCCUUCGUCAUCCUACCUCCAGCUAGAGCGUUUUGGACAUUCUGCGGUGGUCUACAACGAGUCGAUGUAUAUUUUCGGUGGUUUUAAUGGCCAGAUGCUGACAAGUAUUGUGAAAUAUACACCAGGGUCAUGUCGAAGCUUCUCUACCCCCGAAAAGUGCAUUACAUCUGCAACUGGCAUCAAGUGUGCUUGGAAUCCAGACAAAAAGGCCUGCCAGGCAUUUCAUCUCUUCAAUGCAACCAAGGGAAUUCACACAUGUCCCCGAAAGUCAGCGGCCAACCUGACUGUGCUUUGUGAAAAGCAGACUUCAUGUCCGAGCUGUCUGCAGAAUAACUAUGGCUGUGUGUGGUGUGGCACUAUAUGCGCUCACAAGCGCUGUCCUAAAGGAUCUAAGGGCUUGGCCGAUGCAAGAGAGAACCAGACUGAUGUUGAACAAUGCCAGCAGUCGGAAAGCAGCAAUUGCGACAAGCUUCAUAAUUGCCAUGCCUGCCACACAGAAUUUCACUGUGGCUGGCAGAAUGAUCAUCGUUGCUACACAUUUGUUCGCGACUCUGGUAACAAGACGGAGAAGGCAGUGCUGUCGGACAACUAUAGAGUCAAGUGUGAUAACUCAUGCAGUUCACGUACAACAUGCAAGGCCUGCCUGUCGGGCAGUUGUAUGUGGUGCAUCAGCCAGCAGCGAUGCCUUGAGACCAAUGCAUAUGCUGCCACCUUCCCCCUGGCCCAGUGCACUGAGUGGACCACCACCAAGUGCACAGCCUUGUCAUGUGAGGACUUCCAGACAUGUAGUGCCUGUCAGGAGCAUGAGCGGUGCGGCUGGUGUGACGAUGGCAGCAAUACGGGCAAGGGCCAGUGCCUGGAGGGUUCAGCCUCGGGACCAUUGUCCCCUAUGGGUUCUGUGUACCGACUCAAUAGCAGCCUCUGCCCGGCCCCAAAUUGGUACUUCACGGACUGCCCCAAAUGCCAAUGCAAUGGACACAGCACUUGCAAUGGAUCAUCUGAGUGCCUUCAGUCCUGUCAGCACCGCACUGAAGGACCGCACUGUGAGCACUGCAUUGCUGGCUACCAUGGCAAUCCUGCCAAUGGUGGUAACUGCACCCCAUGUUUCUGCAACAACCAUGGCACUUUUUGCCAUAGGGAGACGGGCAAAUGCAACUGCACCACCAAGGGUAUCAUUGGUCCGAACUGUGAUAGAUGCGAUGAGCAAAAUCAUUACGUGGGCAGCCCCCAGGAGGAAGGUGGCACCUGUUUUUAUAAUCUCAGUAUUGAUUUUCAGUACACAUUCAACUUGUCCUCUGAGGACUACUACCGCAACAUCAAUUUUAUGAAUGUGCCAAUAAAGGUCGGCAACGAUGUAGAAUUCACCAUCUCUUGCUCUGGAAAGGCUUAUGUCAACAUCUCCAUUGGAUCAGGAGGCCAGCCACCAUCACGUGCUGAUGGUGAUGCAGAGCCUGCCCUGUUGGAUAGCCGCAAGUGUGACAACAUCAAGCUACCAUUCUACGAUGAGAAGCACAACUUUGGCUCGCAAAACACCACUUUUUUUGUAUACGUGUUCAACUUCACUACUCCAUUCGUGCUCCAAAUCUCUUUCUCCCAGCACCGGGCACUCGACCUGCUCCAGUUCUUCAUCACGUUUUCAAGCUGUUUUCUCUCGCUGCUAAUUAUAGCAGCCAUCCUGUGGAAGAUCAAGCAGAAGUACGACCUUUACAGAAGGCGACAGCAACUGUUUGUGGAAAUGGAACAAAUGGCGAGUCGUCCUUUUGCUGGGGUCACGCUCGAGUUGGACGGUGAGCCGGAUGGGUCGAGCAAGCAGUUUCAAGACGGUAUGAAGCAGGGACACCCAACGCCUGUGGCGCUCGAGCCCUGUGCCAGUGGCAAGGCAGCUGUGCUGACGCUAAUUGUGCGCAUGCCAACGGGGGGUCAGGAGCACACAGCCACAGGCCAGUCAGGCCUGGCCAUUGCCAGUGCCUUGGUCUCACUGGGGACCCUCUGCAAGAGCGACACCAUCAAAGAGGAUGGCAAAUCGGACUGCUGGAAGCCCUCGUCCCACCCAGGGACCUGCAUAUAAGUCGUCGGCCACUGUGAUAAUUGCUCAGUGUGUCACCUUUUGGUGGGUGGCACCACCUUUAUAUGGGGCACCAGCCAAGCUCCUUUGCCACUGCACGCUCUCGACGUUUCGCCAGCGGCUGCAAGACAUGCUGUUGUGAGUCGUGAUUGGCCCUGUGCUUUAUUGAACUGGCCUCCAUGCUUUUCUCCUCCUUGAGCAGUGGCUACUACUAUGCCCAGCAUGCACGUAUUGAGGCUGUUUGUUUUGGCUUGCAGCAACUACAUACCAAUUGGGGCUGCAGCUGCAUGAGAAAUGUUCUGGAUUUGAAACUGGUAUAGAAAAGGAUAAUUACUUUUUAAUCUAACAUGGAGAGGUCAGGUGAUCGUUAAGAAAUAUGCAAAAUAAUAUCAUUCCUUAUUUAUGCAGCAGUUGUUGAUAUUGCAACACUCUUGUUCUGAAGGUGCACAGAGAAUCAAGUGAUUAUCACUGGCCCAGAUACACUGCAUUCCUUUCGUGUUUGUGUUUGUAUGCUUAUUUUAAGGGCCUCUAAAGAUAAUUUGAAUAAGUGCAGUGGGUAUGUAAUAAUCAACUUGGCCAAAUAUGUUACUAUCGCAGGAAGUGCAUAAAUGAAUGUGAAGUACAGUGGAACCCUGAUUAUGUGUCGCCUGUUUAUGUGAUGACCUGCAUUUCAUAUGAACCAGCUAGGGCCCAUUAAUUUCAUAUGAACCAGCUAGGGCCCAUUAGCAACCAAUGCAUCAAAGGUCUAUAUUGCUUGACCCAGGCCAUACGUGACAUGCCUCCUAUGAAGCCUUGUGGUAAUUACUGCAAAACUAAAGUUGCUUGGCAGGCACAGGGGUCGGGCUGCACAGCUCUUCACAAACAUCCUGAGGGCAGUGUUCCGAGUAGAAUGACAAACAAAAGGAGAGUGUUCAGCAGCGUUGUGUGACAAUCGUGGAGCAUAGACACAUACCUGACAGGGCCCCAGUGGAAAGAUAUGCUGAGAUGUGUGCCCAUUUUAAAGCUCAUUUUUCCUCAAGACUUCCACCUUGUGUAAGGAGAUUUGUUUGUGAGGUACUCUUUGGCUGGCGUAUGCUGGAAUGCCUAAUGUUGCAACAAGUAAUAGAACAUUGCUGCAGCAUGAGUGUCAUUAUUUCAUUUUUGUGCGCACACUGUUAACUUGACAUCCAUGAAACUUGUUUCUAUCUAGAUACCAGCUUUGUUGAGUAGUUAUAAACGAUAGCAACAUGGGCACAUGUUUCAGCAGCCAUAGACACAUGUCACGCCUCUGUAUGGGGAAACAUACUCAGUGUAUUCGUUGUGGAUUGUGUACAGAAUAUUGUUUGUGCAAUGCAUAUUUUGGGCACUGUGUAGCUGCACUUGUGUGUGGCCCACAUGGCCCAUAAAUUUUCGUACUAGAGAAGUCUAGUAGUGCAGUCAUGCAGUCUACAUGGGAAUCAUGGGUAGUACAUGGAUUUUUCUAUAAUUUGGCAAGGAUAUUGAGAAAGCACAUCGGUGCAGCUUCUUUGUUUUUCUUUGUGGUUCAGCUGUGUUGCAUGUCGGCCUUAGAUUUUUUUUAGAGCAGGAAACAAUGAAAUCAUGAAAUAUCUAUUUUUUACUUGUUAUCCUUUUUUCGACAUAUCAUAGCGCACCUGCUGGCAGAAAACUAGCUUGAAACAGCAUGUGGAGUCAGAAAACGUUGUAUUUAUACCUCAAAAUUCUCAGUUUUGCCCAUGAAAGCACUGAAAAUUGCCUAUUUUGUGCCAUUUGCCAUUCCAAAACCACUUAUCAGAGCCAGGCCAUCUUGGUCUCGUUUGAAAGAGCAUCUUUCCAGCUUGCUUUUCUGUCAAAAACGAUCCUUCAAUGCUGCUUCAGAAGAAAGCUACAAGGCUUUGUAGCUUGAAAUGGACAAUUUCGCACUCUUAAUGGUAUCGCAUUUUUCUUGAAAAGUUAUUUUUCCAAGUCACAAAUUUUGGGAGCAGCACUGUUGCUCUACUACUCAUUUAUUUCUCCUCUUUCAUUUUUUUUUUUUUUUUUUUGGCCUCCUUGAAAGCUUCGAGAGUCUUAGAGUGCAGAACCACUCUGAUAUAGUGUUUUAGGGUAUGGCAACAUUUUUAAAUCUUGUAGAAAUUGCCAAUAAAAAUUCCCACCUGUUGCAACUUUAGAAUUUCGUAACUUCGUCUAAAACAUAGAUACAAACAUUAAAAUGCCAAGUUGCCCUCUUUGGACAUUCAGAAACAUACCUGCUUACUUUACCUCUCGCUGCAGUACAUUUUUUGCAACCGACCUCCUUAAUCGCAAUCAAAAAUCUUUUAACUAGGGAUCGACAAAUAUUCGGUAUUGUCGAAUAUUCGAUAGAAUUAUUCUAUAUUCGUUAUUCGCUUCGAUUCGAAUUCAGGUAUUCGAUAUUUUCGAAUUAUCCGGCGCGCCCGAAUAGGCAGCCAGAAGCCACGGACGGCCGGUACACAUCUCGAAGGCUAUGCUUCACGUCGUGGCUGCCAUACAUCAACCAUAAAUCUCGAAGUCUAUACAUUUUUGUAUUAAAGAGCCGGAAAUGUGCGAUGCAAAAGAGCAGAAAUGGCGCUAGAGUACAACUGAAACGAAGCGGCAGAUUCUG